UUUAAAGGAGGCAGCUUCUUUUGGAUUGUAUGAAGUUUAGAUAACCUCAGAUGAUCUUUUUAUUGCUCAGAUGUUGCUCUUUCAUAGUCAGAGGGGACUGGAGUUAUCAGUUAUCAACUCUCAGAUGUUUCUCUUAACCCUUAGGGAAAGUAAAAGUAGACACAAAUUAGACCACAGUUAAACCUUAAAACUAUAAAAUGGAUGUUGAUAUCUCAGUUAACAUGGUUUCUGAAGAAUUUUAGGGGAAAUGUUUGAGUUCAAAGACUUUGGUAUCUUCAGAGAACACUGUUGGGGAACUCUUCUGAAACUUGUGAGAUUAGUGGAAACUAUCAUGAUACUAUCAAGUGAUUUUUCUUCUGUAGGUGAUUAAAACCAAUGAAUACAAAUAACACUGGCAGGUUGAGCCGAACCUUGUUGACCUGUAAUGCCCGUAACCUUUCUAAACACAACGGCGUGUUUCUCAGCACAGAAGGAACUGGUUUAACUCGUUGGUUAGAAGGGGGCAUGACGACUAGGCUUUCCUAGUGAAAUAUCACAGUGGCUGCGAGCUGAGAAGGAGUUUCAUUUUAUCCACGUCUCCGAGCUGUGCAGCAUGUGGAUGAGCUUGUCUUUUCCCCCGAAGUCUGGGUGCGUUUAUGUGUAAUUUAUCAUUUCCUGUGAAAAGGGCGAGGUAAGCUGUCCAACUCUGAACUGCUCAUUGAAUCAAAGGGAUCUUGAGAUCUUCAGAGGUUUUGUGGUUAGAGGACAUGAAGAAAAGCAACAGGGAUCAGCGCUCCCCUCUCAGGAUUUUGAUAUGACAUUUGGCGGCAAUAACAUGUCAGCCUGCUUAAAGGGAUUCGCUCCGGGGCGGCUCUGAAUUCUCGACGCGGGAAGGUUUCUCAAGCAGCUCCUGUUGGUGUACACAGAGAUGGCCAUGGUGAGCGGGGGAUGGGCCAACCCCAACGGCAGCGCUAAUGGACUCGCUGAGAAAGGUUACCUGCGGGGGGAGGAGGAGGGGAGCUCGCCCCGGGCAGGGACCAGCGACGUGGAAGGCGGUGAGGAGGACAAGGCCUGCGUGGUGGACUGCGGUGUGUGCGGAGACAAAUCAAGUGGCAAGCACUAUGGCGUUUUCACCUGCGAAGGGUGCAAGAGUUUCUUUAAAAGGAGCAUCAGACGGAACCUCAACUACACUUGCAGGUCAAACAGAGAGUGUCAGAUUGAUCAGCACCACCGUAAUCAGUGUCAGUAUUGCCGUCUGAAGAAGUGCUUCCGGGUCGGUAUGAGGAAAGAAGCGGUCCAGCGUGGUCGAAUUCCUCCCUCACACGCAGGCAUCAGCCCAGCCUCCAUGGUUGGAGCAGGCGGUGAUGUUGGAGGAGGUCCGGGCAUGGGUGCUGAUUUCUAUAAUGGUCAGCCAGUGUCUGAACUCAUCUCUCAGCUACUGAGAGCAGAGCCGUACCCCAACAGCCGCUACGGAGCCCAGUGCGGCCAGCAGCUCGCAGGAGCCAACAGCUCCAUCAUGGGUAUUGACAAUAUAUGUGAGCUGGCAGCCCGACUGCUCUUCAGUACCAUAGAGUGGGCCCGGAAUAUUCCGUACUUUCCUGACCUGCCCGUGUCGGAGCAGGUGGCUCUUCUGAGGCUCAGCUGGAGUGAACUGUUCAUCCUGAAUGCAGCUCAAUCGGCUCUGCCCCUGCACACGGCCCCCCUACUAGCAGCUGCUGGUUUUCACUCCUCCCCUAUGCCCGCUGACCGUGUUGUGUCCUUCAUGGACCAGGUGCGGGUCUUCCAGGACCAGGUGGACAAACUGGGUCGACUGCAGGUGGAUUCUGCUGAAUACAGCUGUCUGAAAGCCAUCGCUCUUUUCUCACCAGAUGCAUGUGGGCUGUCAGAUCCGGCUCACAUCGAGAGCCUGCAGGAGAAAGCACAGGUGGCCUUGACAGAGUACGAGCGCAUACAGUAUCCGGGUCAGCCCCAACGUUUUGGCCGACUCCUGCUGCGCCUGCCUGCCCUGAGAGCCGUUCCCGCCAACCUCAUCUCUCAACUCUUCUUCAUGCGGCUGGUAGGCAAGACGCCAAUCGAGACGCUUAUCCGGGACAUGCAGCUCUCUGGAAGCUCCAUCAGCUGGCCGUACGCACCUGGACAGUAGAUGAACAAUCAGAGAACUUGUUCCCAUGUCCCAUCUCAGGCUGCUCCUAUGAUUCCACAGUAACUGUGUGGAUAGAUGUUGUGUUGUUGGUUUUGUUGAUUUUGUAUAUAGUGUAUGCCUAAAAGAGGAUGGCAAAUAUGUUCCUAUGCAGUUAAAUUGAGCCAUUCAGUACCAGGAUACCUCAUGUUUCACAUCAUGAGCAUCAAUCAAUUCAGUCAAAAACAUUUGACAAGAUGAAUGAUAAACAAAGGGCUGAUUGUGAAGAAGUCCACUGAUAUGUGACACAGAUGCAGAGUUUUAAAAGAAAAGUUUAUAAUAGGCUACCUUCUUCUCUUUUGAGACCUUAGUGAAUUAGUAUAGAAGUACAUUAAGAAUCUUUGUAACAGACUGAAAUGUUGGGAUAUAUAUUUACUAGAAAAAAAUCAAUGGUGAACAGUCAAUGGCUAUGUUUAGAAUGGAAUACUUGCAUACUGCAAACUGGGAAUGUGGCUGAAGCCGAAUACUAUGUUCAGAAAGGAAAUUAUGCAUUCUACAGAGGCCCCAAAAGGACAUAGUGAUGGAAAAAAAAUAAUGAAAUGGGAGGAAAAUAUAUUUCAAUGCUUUUUGUCUUCCCUUGCAAUUGGGAAGUUGGUGAACAGUUGGUGAAUUAAAAUUGUAGGCCUAUAUAAUUUGCGGGUAUCAGAGAGCCGCUACCAGUUCGCACCUGCAGGGUAUUGAAAUUGCUUUUGAACGCGUGUUUGCUUUUUUACUUUAACUUUCAAAAUUGUGAUCAAUUGUUUUCCAUGUAUAGGGAGCAGCAGUACUGAACAGUGAACAAACAUUUUACAAGAUGAGAUAUUUGUCAGUAAUGCUCAGACUCUCUUGAGCAAGAAAAUCCAUCCAUGUCCCUUUAGGGGCUCCGUAGAAUGCACUAUUCAUUUUCUUUCAGAAUUUAGGCUUCGAGCACAUUACUACCGCAAGCUGCACACAACUGUAUACUGCUUAAUAUAAAAUACUAAGUGAGACAGUAUGAAAUAUGCAACCUUACGUGUUCUGAACAGUGCUAUGCUAAUUGUUAUCACGGACAUCAUAUUGCAGCAUGUUUAUCAUCCAAAUAUGAUACACUGCAUUGUGGAUUACAGUAUUCUGUGCAGCGUGUUCUGCAUGUAUACACUGGCAAAUGGCCACCCAGGUAUUACAUACUAUGCACAAUAUAUAUACUAAGAAAUAUUAUGAGUAGUAUGGUAGUAUGCUAUUCCAAAACAUAGACCAUGUCUUGUCCUAUUUAAACAGAUCUAGUGAGUUUUUCAUUGGGGUGGAAAAAAACGGUACAAAUUUUUUGCAUUUUAAAAAUCAAUGAGAAACAAACAAGCUCUUAUGUAGGAAGACAGUUGCAAUUUCAGCAGUGUAUUGAAAUAAAAGUCAAAUAAACAAACUGCAAACAAGAGAAAA